AUGUGGUUGCCAAGCAACAAGAGGCGAACUGAAUCAAUGGAUUCUACCUCACUAUUAAAUAUAUGAAUAGCAGGUUCGUACCAGCAGAGGAUAUAUUAAUUCUGAGAGAAAGACGUUGAGCAAACAUAUUGGAUUUUUUUGUCUUUGGUCCGAGGAAGCUAACGUUCACAAACUUCAUCCUAAAAAUGUCGGUGAUUUUAACAGCCUGUAGAAAAAGUAAGCAAAAUGCCAUUGAGAAGGCGCUCAAGAAGAAAGCAGCUGAUAAAAAAGCCAAGCGUGAAGCAAAAGAAGCUCGAAUGCUGGCGUACCAAGCGGACCAAGGAAUGCCAUCGAUGCAUACCGAAUGUCAUGACACAACCGUCUGGAACUUCAUGAUAUCUGAGGAAACUUACAAUAUUUCGUUUAGAAUGUACACAGGAGAAGUUUACUGCAACGGGGAAAAACAAGACGCCAUGGAAACAUUCAGUGAAGAAGACUGCAGCUGUACUUACGACUUUGCCAUGAAUGGACAUAAAGGCCGCAUCAUCACACGUGAUGGCGCUCCGAAUACCUUGACUGUGGAUGGAAUGUUGGUACCCAAUUGAUGACAAAAAUAUCUUCCAAUCAGGGAGCAUCAGUGGGCGUUUUAACUUUUUUCCCGCCAUCUGUGAUAAAUACAAAAUAAAGAAUAAAAUAUUUCGUGAUAACUUUUUUAAAAUGAAAAACUGUAAUUUGAAAAGAAAUUUUUGGUACAUUGGAGGUAUAAACAAGGUCGCUUACACUGAUUUACUUAAACUAACUUUUACGGGGACCAUACUGUUGAUUUUGUUGUAUACACGUGAUACUAGUUUGAGCAAAGUCAGAAGAUUUAUAUGACUAUCUAAUAUACUACUGAUAUGUAAAAACUUUUGUUAAUGUUGGAUUUCUUGUGAAGAUAAUUUCACUUUUAAUUUACACAUUUCCCACUAGUUUGAAUGUUUAGCUUUAUAAAUACGUCAUUAUUUGCAAAUGCUGCAUCGAAUAAGCACUGUAGUGUUAUUAUAUUUUUGAAGCAUUAUGUAAUGAAACAUUUGCCUGUUGUGCAUUUUAUCAUUUCUCAUACUAUAUUUUAUCUUUUAAUUAUAUCUAUAAUAAGAUCUGUGUUUUAUCUAAAAUAUAUUCACCGUUAUUUUAAAUUUUAUUUUGAAAUGUUUGAAUGUUUAUUCUAAGUAGAUACCUUUUUUAUGUUAUGGUUAUGUUUGUGUAAUUAUUUAAAAUGCAAAUUGUUUUAAUUCAUUUUGAACUUCAUAGAGCAGUCUAAAUUGAUUGAAACCUUUGAUCUGUGCUUUAAAAGAAAGUAUGAAUGUGCCUUUCCUUCAUAUAGAAGAUUUCUAAAAAACCGACCUCAUUCGGUUUAUAGGCGUAUUUGUGGUUGUACCUUUAUAAAGUUAAAAAACAAUUAAAAGAUAAUUUAAAGGCAAAUGAUUACACGUUUUUUUUAAAGUUUUGUAUUUAGUGAAAUAUUUAUAAACAAGUAUUGUAUAUUUGUGAUAUUGAAUGAACUCAUAUACUUUAUUUUGCGUGUAGGCUAAAAAAGAACAAAGAAAAUGUAAUAUAAUAAUAAAAAAGAUAUCCGUUUUGGUUAUAUAACGUAGUAUUUUACAAAAUAUUAAUUUAAAAAAAUUAAAUUAAAAAAUAUUAAAUAUUUCUUUUUGAGAUGUUAAUCAGUGCUAAAUUAUUUUUCUGAAUUGUGUUAAAAUAUUUUUUUUUAUUUUGCAAUGAGGGUUACUAUAUUUUAAUACAUCUCUUUUAUAUCAUUGUUAGACUUCAUAAUAUUGUAAAUACCUGUUGUAGAACUCUUUUCAUGCAUUCUUUAUUUUCGCAUAAAAUAGGUGAAGGUUGAAUAAACUCGGCCUAUAACACAACUCAAGUUUGUAUUCUUUUUUGAUUCCAAAGUGCCAAGGUACUGAUAUAUAAUACGUAUGCGAUAAUAAAGCUUACAUGAUAAAUGUUCUACACCAGAAUUCCAUUCACUCGUACGAUCCCAGUACAUAGUGUACACGGGCUAGAUGAACUUGUUUUUGUAACUGUUACGUAAAUAAAGAGAUAUUGCAUUAA